AUGGGUAUACCUAAGAUCCUAAUCAUUGGCUGCGGCGCUGUUGGCCUUUCGCAAGGUUAUCAUCUCUCAUUCGGCGCUGAGAUAACAUAUCUGGUACGACCUGGGCGUACUUCUGCCUUCCAGUCGCCAAAGAAGCUCUACGACUACAAAGAUAAUGCAUUGCGAAUCUUUGACAACUAUCGGGUCAUUGAAUCGCCAAACGAAGUUACUGGCGAGGACUUUUACUGCAUCUUGGACACAAUGGACGGAUUUACAGCGCGCUCAGAAGGUGGCAUGUCAACAUUGAAGGCUGUGGGUGAACUGAUCUGCAACCACUCAGCGACGUUUGUUGCAUACAGUGCCAUUGGCCUUGACAUGAUAGACCACUACGUCAACACGAUGGGAAUACAGAGAGAGCGGCUUACUUUGGUGGGAAGUAUGCUCGCACAUCAGCCGACAAAGAGCAUCCCUCUACCCGAGUCCGCGGAUGCCAACUUGGCAGCUCAAGCCGAUAUUCUUUACUCGUACAAUCGCGGCAAUUACGGCUUGAUCGUCUUCAACUCACAAGCAAAGCUUACGAAAGCAUUAGGCGAAGUGUAUAGCCAGCGUUCCCAACGUACCGUAAUACGGUACGUUUGA